AUGCAACACUACAGCUCGUCUCCCUCACUGUCGUCGCCCCCGUCUGCCCUGUCUGAGCCCGGCUCGCCCACCCGCUUUCUGCAUGCCGGUAGGGCCAACAUAGAGAUGGACGAGAUAAUUGUCGACCCGGGAGCCGCCCCCCGCGCUGGCAUCAUGCAGGUGCAGCGCCAGCAGCAGCAGGUCGCGCCUCCUCCCGACGUCCCACUGACCGCGGCUGGCCUGCCCCGCAAGAAGCCUGGCCGCAAGCCUGGCAGCACCCUUAAGCCCAAAGUGCCCCCCGCCGACGGGAGCUCGACCAACGCCGACCAGCCCAAGCAGCGUCGUCCGCGGAAGCCGAGAGACCCGAACCUCCCUCCGAUCCAGCGCAAGAGGAAGGUGGCCGCCACCGAUGGCAUGGACCCUCCUCCAGUAAUGGAGCAGAGGUCCUUCUCGGGCUCUGCCGCCAGCCGCCAAACCAAGAUCACCGAGCUGACUCCCAUACGGCCUGCUAUCCCUAUCGAACCGCGACCUGCCCCGGCCGAGUCUUCCUUUGCACCGACACCACCGAAACGCGAGUCCCUCCCGGUGUCGAUGCAGAGCAUUCUAAACGACGACCCCCCUCCGAACGCCAAGGCGCAAGCUGCCCCUGCCCGGAUGUUCGAUCCCAUCCGAGGCAACUAUGAUCCCAUAAGGGAGACCAUGGUGUCCCGAGACCCCUACGGCACAGGGCCUCUUGGCUCGCCCCGCGCCCCAAGCCAGGUGAACCGCGCGAGCGCGUCGCCGUCGAUUGCUAGCUUAGUCGACCCCUCGCCUGCCAACAUCAUGUCUCCCAUAGCGUCUAAUACAUCGUACAACAACGCGGCAGCCCAGCCGCGGUUUCAGGAGUCCACGUCGCUGCCGCCAUCUCCGUCACACCCCGUGCGGCUUGCGCCACAACCCAAACCCACCAUUGUCGAGGUCAAGCGUCCGCCGCCGCCUCCCCCGGCCCCGGCCCCUGCUAGCAAGCCCGAACAGGUGCGAAAAACCACGUCCUCGUUUACCAGUAUGACAACUAUACCAGCUUCGGCGGCCGCCGCUCUCACAGCUGCGGCUCCGGCUCCUAUUCAGAGCAAAAAGGUCACAGCAGUUGUCCAGCAGGAACGUGAAACUCACAAGAAGGCGAGUAGUAGCUCGUCGUCUCCCAAAGUGAACAGCCUGAAGGAUGCAUUACCAACCAUCCCUGCCGGGUCCGAGCGAUCGAUCCUCGACUUUGGUAAGGUGAGCCCCGGCGAUGAGACGGAUGCGCCGAGCAUAAUGCUCCACAUUCCGUUGAACGGGGAGACGAACAAGUACGUCAACUUCUUGCGCAUGGCCGAAGAGCGUUAUGGCUGGGACGCACUCCAUCCCCGUCUCGCCGCCAAUCGUGAGCGCAAAGCGCGCAUUGCGGCAGCCAGUGCCGCGCUGGAAAAGAGCGGGAGCGGGCGGGAGUCGGGCGACGAGAUGGACGAGGAUAUACAGUCAGAUGCCGAUGUCAGCAAUGUGGAAAUGGGCGGCGUCGCCAACGGCGUCGGUAAUAAUAAUGCGACUACGAAUGGGAACGGCGGCGGGACAAGCGGUCCCGACGGAGCGCCUGUAAAGCCGGCGCGGAAGAAACGCAACUUCAAAGAGGACGAAUACGACAAGGAUGACGAUUUUGUCGACGAUUCGGAGAUGCUAUGGGAAGAGCAGGCGGCCGCCAGCCGCGACGGCUUCUUUGUCUACAGCGGGCCCUUGAUACCCGAGGUUGAGAAGCCGGUCGUGCCCACGGGGCCGCCGAAACGCGGGCGUGGCGGCGGCGGCCGUGGCAGUCGCGGCGGCAGAGGCGGUACCGCCCGAGGCGGAGGUGAAGGCACCAGCCGUGGUCGUGGCGGCGGCCCGGGAUCGCGCGGCGGCGUCACGCGGAAACCCCGCAUCACCAAGCUCGAAAAAGAGCAGCGCGACCGCGAGAAGGCCGAGCGCGAGAAGCUUGCCCAGCUAUCCUCCAAGGCCGGAGCUCCAGCCUCCAGCACUGGCGUGUACGCCCUAAUGCCUCUAGCCGCGGGACCGAGCACGGCUACCGCAGCAACGGCAACACCGGCGAUCGCCCUUUAA